AUGUAUACUUCAUUAAAUCCAAAAUAUAAUUUACUAACCAAUUAUCUUUUAGUUGGUCAAAAUCAAAAUGUUGCAUUUUAUGCAUGGAGAAUUAAUCAAACAAAAUUAACUGAUUUAUCAAUUAUAAAUUCUUUAUUAAAUCCAAAUAAAUCAAUUAUAUGGGAAUCUCAACAAUUAGGUUCUUCACAAUAUAAUGCUAAAAUUUAUUCAAAUAUAAAACUGGUUCCACAACAAGAGAAAUUUGAUAUUAUUAUAUUAAGUUGUAAUUCAUUACAAGAUUUUCAAUCAACAACAGCAAAUUUACAUAAUGUAAUUCAUGAAAAUAGUUUAAUUAUAAUAGAAUCAACUGGUUAUAUCAACUUAGAGCCUUUUGUAAGUUCAACACUUUCCAAAAAAACAAAUCCUUCAUUAUCAAAUGUUUGUGUAUUAUCAAUAAUGAAUGAAUCUGAUGUUAGAAUAAUUGGUGAAAAUAAAUUUAGUCAUCAAAUUAGAAACAAUGAUACGAGAAUUUACUUGGGAAGUUGUACCUCAAAUAAUCAAAUAAGUUCAAAUAAAUAUUAUCAAUUAUUUAUGAAAAUGUUAAAUACAAUUCAAGAAAAUUCAUAUUCAUCAAUUAGCUUAUUAAAAUCAAUUAAUAAUCCAAAAGAAUUUAUGACAUAUCAAUGGAAAUUAGCAUUACCAAGAAUUGUAUUUAAUCCAUUAUUAAUAUUAUUUGAAAUUGAAUUUCCUGAAAAUUUGCAAUCACAAAUUUUGACAAAACCUUUAAUUACUGGAUUAAUUGGUGAAAUAUUCAAAUUAAUUAAAAAAAUGGAUUGUAAAUUAGUUAAAGGUUUUGAAAAUGAAGCAAAUUUAUUAAAAUCUUGGUCAAAUUUAUACCCUGCAACGACCAAAAAUCCUGAUUUCAAAAAUUCACCAAUUUCAUUUUAUAACUAUUUUAAACAAUUAGAUUUGGAAUUAGAUUUAUUAUUAUUACAACCAAUAUUAUUAGGUGAUGAUUAUGGUAUUAGAACUCCAUAUUUAGAAAGUUUAUAUUCAAUAUUGUGUCAGUUCAACAAGAUAAAUAAUGAAAAUUCUCUAUUUUUCAAAAGAAAAACCACAUUAAAUGAUAAUAUAGAUAGUCAAGAGUUUAAUUCUAAACAACAAGAAUAUGACCAAUUAAUUACUUCAUUGAGAAAUUUAGAAAUUUCUAAAAUAUCAAUAGAUAAUGAUAUUUCAAAACAAGAAUUAAAAUUAACAAAUUUAAAUCAAAAAAUAGUGGAUUCAGAAUCAAGAUUAGAACAAUUACAAUUAAAUCAUGACGAAAAAGUAAAAGAAUAUCAAUCAAAGAUUAGAGAAUUAGAAUUGAUGUAUCAACAAAAACUUAAAACUUCGACAAAUUCAUCAAGUCCAAGAUCAAUACCUAAUCAACAACCAACUCCAGUUCAAGAAGAUUCUCAUAAUUUAUCUAAAAAUUAUCGUGAUUCAGUAAUGACGCAAGAUGGAUUAUCUGAUUUGAAACAUAUAGUACAAUAUGGAGCUACAUUAAAUGGGGAACAACAACAACAACAGACUCCAAAAUUAAAUGGACAAGCAAAUGAAAACUUUAUUGAUUCAUCUGAUUUACCACCUCAUUUAUUACAGAAAGAAUUGGAAUUACAAAGAAGAGAACAAGCAUUGUUAAAUAGAGAACAACAAGGUAAAUAUCAACAACCAUAUUAUGAACAACAACCACCUCCACAUCAACAAUAUUAUAAUAAUGCACCACCUCAACAAAAUUUUCCACCAAGACAACCACAACAUCAACCACAAUCUUCAUAUUUCCCAAAUUAUAAUUAUAAUGAUCAAGUACCACCUCAGGGAUUACCAAAUGGUGGUAUGCCACAAAAUCAAUUAUCUCAAAAUUUAAAAUCUCAAAAAUAUCCACCCCAAAUGCAACCACAACAACAACAAUUUAAUCAACCUCCACCUCAACAAAGAAGAUUAAGUUCAAUGGCUUCAACUAAUUCAUGUUAUGAUUAUCAACAACAAUCUCAACAACUACAACAAUAUAACCCUGGAGGCUAUUCAGCAAGACCAAAUAUACAACAAAAUCAUUCAAGUUUUAAUAAUGCAGCUCCAAUUGAUCCAUUUGUUGAAGGUAGAUUUAAACAAAAAUCAAGAAAUCAUAAUCAACCAAAUAGAAAAUCUCAAAUGCCUCUUAUGAAUGGUAAUAUCGAUGGUAUGGAUUUUGGAGGUAGAGGUGGUAUGCCAUUACCUGGAAAUAGAAAAUCAAUGAAUGUAAGUCAACAAUUAAGUUCUCCUCCACAAUUACAAAGAAAAUCAAAUAGUACAGUGAUGUUAAAUCAACAACAGCAACCACCACAACAACAAGCACAACCUCAGAGUUCAGGAUCUAAUACUUAUGGUAAUUAUUUACAACCUCCACUUAUGAAUGAAUCACAAUCAAGUUCACAAUCUUCUUCAGCUACUAAUGAAACUCCAAAAACAAGUAAUGGUGAAUUAAUGGAUCAUGAAAUAAGAGUACCUCAACAACCAAUAUAUGAUGCAAAUGCAAUACCAUUAGGUGGUAUAUCAAAUUCAAAUAAAGGUGGUCAAACUGAAAAAAAGAAGAAAAAGGGGUUUUUUGGUAAAAAUAAAUAG